GUGUUACACGCACGGCAUCAGUCGCGGACCGCUUACCGUUCAAGAUAGUGGCGGCGCUCGCCAACGAUUGGGAUUGUGUCCGCUCAAGUGCGCGGCGAUUGCGUACAUAACAGCUCUGCAGUGUUAUUCGUAUCCGAUUGAUGCAGUUCAACUGCAAUAAAUAUUAUUAUUAUAAAUAAUUAUUGUAUACAGUUUUCGUUUUGCCAACCAAGCAACACUCGUGACAAUAAUAAAAUUACAACGAUACAUAUUAUAAUAUAUUAAUGUACCACUUUAAUCGCGCCCUGCCAGUAUCGCGAUAUACAUGCGUAUUAUGUUUAUCCUAAACGCGUAAAUACUGACGUCGUUUUUUUUUUGUCCAUCAUCACAGGCUCUGCACUACCGUCGUCGGUGACGCAUCGUUAUUGUUAUUAUAUUGUUAUAUCCGCGACAUGUAUUCAUUGCGAGUAUUGUCAUAGAUUUGUCGACGGCGACAGAAAUAAAUAACAUUACAAAACGAAAAUAAACAACAAUUAUAUAGACAUCAACAGGUGUAUCAACUCGGUAUCCUGCGUUAAAAACGCCUGUCGUCAACGACGCCACCGCAGCUUUCAACGAAAAAACAAUAAAUUAUUCCUAGCCAAACGGCGUUCACGUGUGUACACGAACUGACAUAAUCAUAAGCGCACUGCCGUCUGCCACUACUGCAGGACGUGCAGGACAGCAGCCAUAUCGCGGGGACCCGAAUUACAGCCAGGAACGGCGGCGGCGGCCGAGAUGCGCGCGAGGCUCGUGACGACGGCGGCCGUGACGCGGCAGUAGUUGAGUCCGGCGCGGGUGGGGGAGGGGGCGCGCGCGCUGCGAUUAGAAUACGACACGGCCGCGGGACACGCGGUGGCGCGGCGAUGACGCGGCCACGUCGGCGGUCAAAGGUCGUGACGAUAACGCCGGCUGCGGUGCACCCGACAGCAGCGGCAGAACAGAGCCGAAAGCCGUCGCGGGACCUCAAACGCGAUACGACAGUCGUAAACGGAACUGUUCACGCGUAGUCGAAACACAAGUACGCGCGACCCGCGGACGACAACAAAAAUUAAAGUCGCAACAUCUGUGGUAAAAAAUUUCGGCGCAAAACAAUUGUACAAACACCGUCGGGUGGCGGGAGGGCGCGGCGUAGGGCACUCCGCCGCCGGUGCCGGUUUGUCAGCGACGCGCAGCGGCAGAUCCGAUGCGUCCGGCGCCGACGCCGUCGCCGCUCGUCAACGCCGUUUGCUGCAACUUAACCGCCGCGUCGUGUUCUCGUCACGCCGACCGCAGCCGCAACCGUAGCCGCCGACGCCGACGGACACGCGACGACAACGCACUGCCGCCAUGAAACUCCGUGACCGCGUGGUGGUCGGAUUCUGCCUGUCGCUGGUCCUGGUCACCGUGCUGUUCGUGGUCGACAUGCAGAACGAGAACGCCCGCCGGCUGUCCGUGGCCGACGGCGGUGGCGACGCUGCCGCCGCUUCGCACUUUCACGGCCGGUCCGACCGGUCCCGGGACGCCGACGACGCGCAGUCCGCCUGGAACGCGGCCGCGUCGUUCGUCGCGUCCACGCUGAUGCCGUCCGUCCGGCCGCAGCAGCCGCAACCGGCCCGAUCGGGCGCGCCGCAACCGUAUCCGCAGGCGGCCGACGGACGUCCGAGGCCCGCCGUGCCCGACCUGUACGCCGACGACCGGUUCGCCGAUCUCACCGAGCGCCUGUCCCGGUCGUCCGAAUUGCAGAGGCACCGCGGCUACGUACUCGACUGGACGGCUGUCCGGGACGUGAUCGUCGACGACACCGACGAAGACGGCACCAUCAGCAACGAAUACGUCGUCGAGUACUUGGAAGACGGUUUGCGCCGAUUAGAGUCCGAAAAAGUUACCAAACACACACAUGGUCCGUAUCGGUUCUGGAGAAACGAUCCACUUCCAAAUAUGACUUAUAGAAAACAUCCAAACACGACGGCAUUAACUAUAUUCCAUUCAAGAAUAUCAAAAAGAGAAAUGUAUCCUAAGAACGACACGUAUGUGCCAUUAAUUUUAAAAAACAUGUCUGUUUCGCCUAUUUUAAGCGUAGCCCAAAAAGAAGGAGGUACACAACUCAAGCUUGUUAUUGAGUAUUUAAACGGAGACAAAGCUCUUAUGAAACCGAUGAGGUUCACCAGAGAACAACAGACUCUGCCGAAUCAUUUUUACUUCACCGACUACGAAAGGCACAAUGCCGAAAUUGCUGCGUUUCAUCUCGACAGGAUAUUGGGGUUUCGGAGAGCAAUGCCGGUCAGUGGCAGAUUGGUGAACAUCACAUCUGAACUGAUGGCCCAGGUAACUGCGUCCGAUUUGUUGAAAACAUUCUUCGUGUCACCGGACAAAAAUGUGUGCUUUCACGGACAGUGUUCCUACUACUGUGACACGUCGCAUGCCAUUUGUGGAAAUCCGGACAUGUUGGAGGGCUCGUUCGCCGCUUACUUGCCAUCCCAAGAAGUUUUGGAGAGAAAGACGUGGAGGCAUCCGUGGAGGCGCAGCUACCACAAGCGGAGAAAGGCCAAAUGGGAAACAGAUCCAAAUUAUUGUGAAUUAGUCAGAAACGUACCGGCGUACAAUAGUGGUCGCCGGAUGUUGGACAUUAUGGACUUAUCCGUAUUUGACUUUCUCAUGGGCAACAUGGACCGUCAUCAUUACGAAACGUUUACCCUGUUCGGCAACGAUUCGUUUCCUAUUCACCUCGACCAUGGUCGGGCAUUUGGCAAGGCGUUCCACGAUGAGAUGAGUAUAUUGGCUCCAAUCAUACAGUGCUGUCAUAUACGAAAAUCUACGUUAGAGACUUUGCUCAGGUUUCACAACGUCAAAAAACUCAGCGAACACAUGAGGGAAUCCAUGGCUGACGACCCGCUGUCUCCCGUACUUUGGGAACCGCAUUUGACGGCCAUCGACCGGCGUGUGGGACUCAUUUUGCAGAAAGUCCGCGAAUGUCUGUCGGUGAGCACGAUGAGCGGCGAGGACGCGGCCGAAGAAACGCAUGUCCGGACCGCUGCAAAUGCCACGUUUGACGUUGACACGGGCGAUCUGGGACAGGAAGUCAAAUACACGGCCCGUUCCAGGGAUCUAACGCAAGACUGAUGAUUGUUGUUUUUUUUCGGUUCUGAACCGGCUCCGUUUGUGUUCGCUACCGGACAGAUCGACCCGACGCGCGUCGAACUUGAUUAUAAUUUAUUUUAUAAUAUUAUAUGUUUUAUGGGCCAAGUCUGUCCGGUUUACUUGCCAUCUCGAGGAUCUGUCCGAGUUGGAUGCCACGCGGUCCAUCGGCAUCAUAUAGAUACUGUUACUUAUCGAUUUAAAAUUUAAAAUUUUGGAAGUCAAUUUGUAGGUUAAAUGAAAAAAAAAUCAAAAUUGAUAUUUUUUUAAGUCACAAGUUCACAUAUUUUUCUAUUAACUAUUACAAGAAUUUUUUUAGGGUUUAAUUAAAAUACGUAAACAUAUAUUACAGAUUAUAACUAUUUAUAAUAGUUACUGAAUUUAGUGGGAAAUAAAAUGUUUGAUAUUAUUUAUUUUAUUUAAUUUUUUUAAUUAAGAACUAAACAAAAUAAAUACAAUUAUGAUAACUUAGUAAAAAUGUAAUGUAUAUAAUUUAAUAUGUAGAUAAAUUUAACGGUAAUGACAAAGUUGUCAAAGUAAUGCUUCGAUCGAUAUUGCAUGAUCAAUUAAAAAGAAAUAAUAUAUACAUAAUUUAAAAAAGAUGGCAUGCAAUUCGGAUUUUAGACGCAAUAGGUGCAAUUCGGACACAUUAAUACCUAAUAUGGCGUGGUUUAUCUAAACGCGUCGAUCGCCUAAUAUGUUAUGUUUGUAGUGUAAAUACUAUUUUGUUAUUGUAAAUAUUAUUAUUAUUAUUUUUUAUCUGCCUUUAAGAUUCUUAUUAAUUGGCAAUGUCGUGGACAACACUCGAUUAUCGCUGUAAUAUUAUAAUUCUUUGAUUCCCAUUGUUUUAUUUAUGUUAUUGUAUCGCAUAAUAUUGUGCUCAACUAUAGUUACUUACCUACAAUGAUAUCAAUAAAGUAAAAAUAAAAAGAGUUAUUUAUAAUAUAUUUUAAGUUUUUGCAUUUUAAAAGACGUGUUGUAAGCGCAUCAAAAUAAUCAUAAUAUAUUCUACGAUUUUAAUCCUAUGACAUUACACACAUACAAGUAAUCUGAAACGAUAGUAUUUUUCGGUUUGGACAAUGUUACGACGUCUUGUAUUCAUGGUAACUAUCGUAUAAAUGUAUUAAAUUAUUAACUAUAAAUGUAUAAAUAUAUAUUGUGAACUGCGGAUUGUGAGACGUAGAACACUAUAUAACGUCGUGUUGAUAUCUUUGUAGAAGUAUACCAUAUUGUCACUGUUAGCGUCACUGUUGAAACAGCAUUAGGUACCUAAUGAUAAGAAUCUUUUUUAUGUAUAAUAUUACAGUUCAUGAAGCUGGCAACGAUUCCUAUUUAUAUUAUAUUUUUAAUUGUUGUAUUAUGAAAAAUAAUUUAUAAAUAAUAUACUUAUUGAAUAAUCUUCGCCACGUCUGUCAAAUGUGUAAUAUAUAAUAUUUUACUCAAAUAAUGUGAUAUUCAUAAAUAAUGCUAAAAUUUCCCACAUAUCUAUGAUAGGAGUUAUCCUUUAUGAAGUUUGAAGCACAUGAAAUGGUAACUUAGGUUCAAAUUAUUACAUUUAAAAAAUAUUGAAAUGAAACGUAUUCAUUUUUUUGACAGAUACCUCUUUUUCACUGUUUAUUUGAUUAAAUAUAUUAUGUAAAUUUAUUUUUAUACAACACAAUUAUAGUAACCAUGAUCACAUAAAUAUUCCAUUCCAAAUAAUUUAAUAAUAAUAAAUACAGAAAAAAAUAAGACAUGUUUAACAUUGGCUUGAAUACAAAUCAAAGAUUAUUGUAGAACCUUAAGAAUAUUUUUGUCAUACUAUCUUAGACAUUCCAGUGUUUACAAGUUUUAAAAAUAUUAUUUUUCAAAUUUAAAAUUAUUUAUAUGUAAAUAAAUAGAAUAGAAUACGUAGGUAGGUACUAAAAGAGUAUAAUAUUUAAUAUUUUUUUUUUCAAAGUUAUAUCAAGUAAAUAUUAUUCCAAAUACAAUUAUAUUCACACAAUUACAGUAAAAUUUGAUAAAAUGUCCCAAUAACGUGAUAAAUUAUAAUAGAUAUAUGUACUGUUUUUAAUGUUAAACUUUAUUAAACGCAUAUAUUUAUAUUUUUAUGAUGUUACCAAUUUUUUAAUGCUCAGCCCACUUAAUUAAAAAUAAAUAAUAGAUUAAUAGAAUAUUAAAUGAUACUAUAUGUUAUUUUUUUUUCUUUUUAGUUAAAAAAAAUGAUUUAUGUUCAGUACGUCAUUAACUCAUAAGUAUAGUAUGUUAUACGUGUAUUGUUUAUUUUGAGAUAAUAAAAGGUAUAUGUACCAAUAUUGUAUAGUCGAUUAUGUAUUUACUACUUUACCACUGUUCGAUGUUAGUGUGAUAUAAAGCAUGUAUUAUACAUGUUAAAAUUAUUUGUUUGUAUAUUUAUUUAAAGUAAAGUUGUAUUAAUUUAUA